AUGGACUCGAAUUUGAUCCUCGAGUGCUUUGCAGGCACAUUGCAGAUCAACGAGCAGUUGAGACGACAAGCGGAAACGAACUUGCAAACAUUGUCCGUUCAAGCGGGGUUCUUGGGAGCUUGUUUGGACAUCUUGGAGCAGGAAAACCCCAUCCACAUCAAGAAGGCAGCAGCCGUCUACUUCAAGAAUAGAGUAGUCAAAUUUUGGAGCAUCAAGGACGCGAAAAGCGCAUACCGGAUAGCUGCAGAGGAGAAGCUCGUUGUCAAGGAGAGGAUACUAUCGGUGUUCUUGGUGUGCGACCAUGGCACCAGACAGCAGCUACUCCCCGUGUUGAGACUAUUGAUCAUGGUUGAGUUUGACGACUGGCUGCAGUUGUUGGACAACACGGGCCAGUUGCUACAGAGACUGGAAGAGUCGGAUGAUUAUUUAUACACAGCGGUCCUCUGUUUAGCCGAGAUCACGAGAAAGUUCAAGUGGUCGGACAACAAAAGCAGAGAGAAGCAACUAGACCCCAUCGUAUCGCAAGCAUUUCCCUUUAUCUUGAACUGGGGCAAAACCGUUGUCGGCAACCACGAACAGGGACAAGAAAUCACCGAAAUGAAGGCAGAAAUAUUGAAAUUGAUUUUGAAGAUUUAUAGAUUUGUUACUUUUUAUGAGAUCCCCGCCAUGCUUAGAGAAAGGGACCAGCUUCUACAAUGGGGCGAGUUCCAUGCUUCAGUCAUUGAGAUGAGCCCGCCGGCAUACGCUUCAAAUACAGCUGUUUCAGAGCAGGAAAAGAUUUUGUUGCAGAUCUCGAAAUGCUACAAGUGGGCAGUUGCCAACAUCUUGAGGAUUUUUGUCCGCUACGCGUCAACAAACAGCUUGACCAAGAAGAUUGUUUAUCCCGACUUUCAUGAACUUUUUUUGAAAGAGUUCAUUCCGCAUUAUAUAACGCAUUUUCUCAAGGUCAUUGAAGAAUAUUGCCACGGGAAAAGAUGGAUCGGCCUUAGUGAACUCUAUCAGCUAUUGGAGUUUUUGAGCCACUGCGUCAGCGAAAAGUCCACGUGGAAAAUGAUAAAGCCCCAUUUCGAGACAUUGGUCAAGCAUUUCAUAUACCCGACUGUGGUGCCCAAGGAUUACACGUUGGAAAUCUACGAGGACGACCCGCAGGAAUACAUCAGCUUAUGCUUCGAUAUCUGCGGCGACUAUGACAAUGCCGAAUAUGCUGCAAUAGGCUUCAUCAUGACCUCGUUGUACAAACACUCCAACUACUGCUUGGGCCCUAUCUCCAGCUUCAUUCAGGAGGAGCUCUCCCAUUUGCAGCUGCAGCCAGAGGAAACGUUGGAGAUCGCCAAGAAGAAGGAUGGCAUGUUGAGAAUACUCGGCAGCAUUUCGGGAAACUUGCCAAAAAACGCAACGAUAGCUCCUCUCUUGACCCAGUUAGUCAUCCCAAAUGUGAAAUCGAGUCACGACUUUCUUAAAGCACGGGCUAUUGAAGUAUGCUCACAAUUCGCCGAGGUGCCGCUUGAUGUGUCCGUUUCCGAUCAGCUUUUCCGGGCCAUUUUACAGAAUUUUGACGGAGACAAUAACUCCCUUCCAGUUCAAUUCAACAGCGCGCUUUCAAUACAAGCAUUUAUCCCCAAUGAUCAAUUCAAACAGGCCUUGUCGACAAUCAUUCUCCCCACCAUGUCGAAGUUGCUAGAAUUGUCAAAUGAGAUUGACAACGAUGCCAUCUCCAUCAUCAUGCAGGAAUGCGUGGAGAACUUUUCCGAACAGCUCCAGCCAUUUGGAGUGGACUUGAUGAGUAAAUUGGUCCUGCAGUUCAUGAAACUAACCUUUGAGAUAAACGAGGCCUCGAAAACGGAUAUUGACGAGCUCGACGCCAACUAUGAGGACCAAGGGGACAAAUCGAUGGCCGCCUUGGGAUUCCUCAACACCAUGAUAACAGUCAUGCUCUCAUUUGAAAACUCGCACGAGGUCUGUAUCAAGUUGGAAGAGAUCUGUUCUCCCGUGAUUGAGUUUGUGAUUCAAAACCAAAUGGACGAGUUUUACUGCGAGGUGGGCGAGUUGAUUGAGAAUGCAUUGUUUUUAUUGCGAGACGUUAGUCCCGUUAUGUGGAAAAACUUUGGAUUUCUACACGAAGCAUUUGAAGAAGGCACGGCGCUCAUGUACGCCGAGGAGCUUUUGCCCUGUUUGACCAACUACAUGAUCUACGGUAAACAGAUGCUUGUUCAGGAUGAAAAUUUGAGGAACAUGGCGUUUGCCAUAUUUGAGAGAAUUGCAGUUUCAGCUCAGGACGACGAGCUUGGAUCGAUUGCCGAUCUCAAUCUCUCUUACGAAUUUGCUCAAUGCUUCAUUCUCAGCUUGGGCGAUCUGUCGGUACCAUACAUACCCAAGAUCUUGGAAGUUGUUCUUGGAAACUACUCCAAAUGCGCGGAUAAAAAAAUGACCAGCCCCUUUGCUGUCAACUCCAACAACACGCUCAUAGCUGCCCUCGUGUACGCCACUGAAACCACAUUGUCGUUGAUACAUCGAACCGCUCACUUGGAGCCAUUUCUCACUUGGUGGUUUGAUGCACCACGCGACCGAGUGUAUGAUUUAAAGCUCUCGAUCUUGGGGUUCAUGAAAGUUGCUGCUGCCACAACCGAGCAAGAACUUGUACAAAAGAUUGGCCACAAGCUUCCCGGUGCCUUGACAGAGUUGACGCGUGCCGUUAACGAUUUAAACAACAAGAGAAGCCGAGCCGAUGAAUUUAACCAACCGGGCACGGCGGCUGUUCCUGUAGAAGGGGGAGCGGAGGUUGACGGCAACGGAAACAACGACGAGGAGGAGUGGGAGGAGGAGGAAGGGGAAGGGGAAGGAGAGUGGGACGCCGAUGAAGCUGCCGAAGCACAGAAGUUUGAGUUUGCCAACGAGGCUGGAUUUUAUGAGGAAGACGAGGUAUACGAAGAUCCUCUAGGAGUCACCGCAUUGGACGAAUUGAAUGUGUACGAAGUUUUCAAGACGUUCAUGUAUAAUUUGCAGCAAUCCGAUCCUGAAAGGUUCCAGCUGCUAUUUGGAAGCUUAAGCGAGGAUGAACAAAAAUUGAUCAUGGACGUUGUUUCCAUGUAA